GCUUUUCUCUUUCUGCACAACAUCUCAUAAGUCAUAACUAUGGCAGCAGAAAGAGCAAAGAAGAACAGUUUGGAAAAUUCAAGAAAUGGGUUUUUAAGUGUAAUUUGUUUGCAAAUAUUUAUUGUUUUGGCUAUUUCAUAUAUUGCUUCUUCAAAGACAGUUGUGACUAAUCUGCCUGGCUUUGAUGGUGACCUUCCAUUUUAUCUUGAAACUGGAUAUAUUGGAGUUGGAGCAUCCAAUGAGUCACAGCUAUUCUACUAUUUUGUGGAGUCUCAAAGGAGUCCUACUUUAGACCCUCUGAUGCUUUGGCUCACUGGUGGCCCUGGUUGCUCUGUUCUCUCUGCAUUUUUCUAUGAAAGUGGUCCGGUAGCUUUUGAUUAUUCAAAUUAUAAUGGAAGCUUGCCCUCUUUACACUUGAAUCCCUUUGCAUGGACACAGGGUAUAAACAUAAUAUAUGUAGAUGCACCAAUUGGGACUGGAUUCUCCUACUCAACUACCCAGGAAAAUUACUAUGUUGAUGACAUUAAGUCUGCAGCUCAGACCUAUGAGUUUUUAAAAAAGUGGUUACUUGACCAUCCUCAGUACUUGACAAAUCAACUAUUCAUUGGUGGAGAUUCCUACUCAGGCAUUCCCCUUCCAAUGAUUGUUCAACAUAUACUUGAUGGUAAUGAAGAUGGAACAUCUCCUACAAUGAAUCUUAAAGGAUAUGUGCUUGGGAACCCAAAGACAGAUUCAUUCAUUGAUGAUAAUUCAAGAGUACCAUUUGUUCAUAGAUUGACACUCAUAUCAGAUGAACUCUAUGAGACUACCAAAGAAGACUGCGCCGGAGAUUAUGUAAAUAUAAAUGCAAGCAAUACAGCAUGUGUUUCAGACAUCAACGCCAUUGAUGAGUUGAUUCUUCAAAUCAAUCUGAUGCAAGUUCUGGAACCUAUUUGCCAAACUGCAAGUCCAAAGCCGACACAAGGUCUGAGACAAAUUGAAGGAAGACGAUCACUUUACCAGGACCAUGAAAAUACUUCCAUUCCAUCACUUAAUAGUGCAUAUUGGUGUCGGGAGUAUAACUAUGUGCUUUCUGGUGUUUGGGCUAAUGACAAGGCAGUUCGAGAUGCUCUUCAAGUUCGAGAGAACACAACGAAUGUUUGGAAAAGAUGCAAUGCAACCUUAGCAUAUACAAAGGAUGUGUUAAGUACUGUUGAUUAUCAUAGAAACCUCAGCAAACAAAGCCUCCGAGCUCUUAUAUAUAGCGGAGAUCAUGACAUGUCAGUAACCCACAUUGGCACCCAAAACUGGAUUCAUUUACUGAACUUAACUACAAAUGAAUACUGGAGGCCUUGGUUUGUGGAUGGCCAAGUUGCUGGUUACACAGAGAAAUACUUAAAUGGUGACUAUACUUUAAUAUUCGCUACUGUGAAGGGAGGAGGUCAUGUUGCACCAGAGUACAAACCAAAGGAAUGUUAUUCUAUGAUUGAUCGUUUUCUUGCCUACUUCCCUCUCUAAAUAAUGGGGAAAGGAAAAAGAGUUUGAUGGGUUUUUGGAAGCAUAAUUUUGAUUUAUUAGUUGCUAUUAUUAUGUGGACUGUGUACUCAGAAUUCAUAACUUAAAAUGAGGUCUAUUAGUGAUUCAUUGAACUAAGUAGUUUGAUGGACCCUUUAUAUUAAUUAUUUGGAUAAAAUAAAAUUAUAUAGUGCUUUUAUUUUAUAAA